AGAAGAAGAAGCUUUAUUGAUUUCGCCUCCAAGCUUUCUUAGCCUAGCAUCUAAGUCUUAUUUUCAGCUUUAACUGCAGACGGAAAGUCGAAAGUUUACCGGUCAGGAUGGGAGUACCGAAAUUUUACCGAUGGAUUUCAGAGCGCUAUCCUUGUCUCAGUGAAGUUGUGAAGGAACAUAAGGUCCGCCAAAGAAGCAGAGGAGAAGAUAAAGAAAGCUCUGGAGAAAGGAGAGGUGCUUCCUACAGAGGCUCGCUUCGACUCCAACUGUAUCACUCCUGGCACUGAUUUCAUGGCGAGACUACAGGAGCAGCUGAAGUACUUUGUUCACAACAAGCUCUCCACGGACAAAUUAUGGCAGAAUGUGAAAGUCUACUUGUCUGGUCACGAAACACCAGGUGAAGGAGAACAUAAAAUCAUGGAGUUUAUUCGUUCUGAGAACGCCAAACCCAAUCAUGAUCCCAACACUCGACAUUGCCUGUAUGGUCUGGAUGCUGACCUGAUGAUGUUGGGUUUAACCAGCCACGAGCCAAAUUUCUCCCUGCUCAGAGAAGAAGUCCGAUUUGGGGGGAAGAAAUCCCAAAAAAGGUUUUCCAUUCCUCUGAAGAAAUUUUUCAUUCUACAAACUGUACGUGUAAUCUCUGUUUUGAUUCUGUUUGUGGCUGUUUUCCAGAGUCACCUGGGCUCUGAUUAUGACCUGGAGCGAAUAAUAGACGACUGGAUCCUGAUGGGCUUCCUUGUAGGAAAUGAUUUCAUCCCUCACCUCCCUCAUCUUCACAUUAAUCAUGAUGCUUUGCCGCUGCUGUACAGGACUUACAUCAGUGUGCUGCCAAGUCUGGGAGGUUAUCUGAAUGAAAACGGCCACUUAAACCUCAGAAACUUUGAGAAAUACCUGGAGAAACUCUCUGAGUUUGACCGGGAACAUUUCAGAGAGGUGUUUGUGGACUUGAAGUGGUUUGAGAGUAAAGUAGGUAACAAAUACCUGAACGAGUCGGCCGGGCUGGCAGCUGAGGAGGGAGCUGGCAACAAAAGAAGAGAGGACCCUGCUCUUCAUCUUAUGGCCCUGACCUCAGCUCAGAAACUGACGGGAGAAGAGAAAGAAGCGCAGGGCGAUGACGAGGAAGAGGAGGACGAUUUGUUUGAGACUGAGUUCAGACAGUAUAAACGCACCUACUACAUGACUAAGAUGGGUGUGGAUGUGGUGUCUGAUGAGUUCCUAGCCGAGCAGGCCCAGUGCUACGUGGAAGGUAUCCAGUGGAUUCUUCACUACUAUUAUCAUGGAGUUCAGUCCUGGAGCUGGUACUACCCAUACCACUAUGCCCCAUUCCUGUCUGACAUCAAGAAUAUCUCGGAGUUAGAGCUGACCUUUGACCUUGGGGAGCCCUUCAUGCCGUUCCAGCAGCUGUUGGCAGUCCUGCCCUCUGCCAGCCAGUCUCUGCUGCCUGAAUGCUACAGGGGCUUGAUGACCAGCACAAACUCCUCCAUCAUUGAGUACUAUCCUGUCGACUUCAAAACUGACCUCAAUGGCAAGCAGCAGGAAUGGGAAGCUGUGGUGCUCAUUCCGUUUAUAGACGAGAGGUGCCUGCUCGCAGCCAUGGAGCCCCACACUCCCAAUCUGACAAAGGAAGAGAAGGCCAGGAAUCGGCAUUCGGAGUGUGCCGUGUACUUUUACGACCCAGAUAUAGACUUCGUGUACACCUCCUCCCUGCCUCAGCUGUUUCCCAACAUCCCCCACUGCCACGUCAGGAAAGCAAACAUCCCCAUGGAUGCUUGGAAAGUUCAUUUGGACCACGUCAGCAAGCGUGCGGACCGCUCCACUCUCUACUUCUGUGGCUUCCCCACUUUACACCACAUCAAACACAAGUUUUAUAAGAAGAAAAACGGGGUGGUCGUCUUCCAGCAGAGCAGUAGAGGCGAGAACAUGAUUUUGGAAAUUCUUCCCAGUCAGGAAGGAGAAAUGAUGUGUGACGAUGUUGCUGCUCAAGUGCUGGGGAAGCCUGUGUUUGUCAACUGGCCCCAUCUAGAGGAAGCUCGCAUCAUUGCCGUUUCAGAUGGAGAAACCAAAUUCGCUCUAGAUGAACCUCCAGGAGUCCAGCGAGUGUAUGACAGGCCGUCUACACCUCCUCCCACUAAAGUCUCCUUUUUGACUGACAAGGAGCAAAAAGAAUGGGUGAAAGAAGUCCAGGGGAUCACCGAACAUUUCUUGAAGAGAAAAGGCAUCGUCGUGAAUGAGACGGACGUGCUUUUGUACGGCCAGAUGCUGACAGGAAGAAAAUACAUUCCUAAAGCAAACGGAGUGGUGGAACUGGAGAAACAGUGGGCCAAACAGAUUCUCCCUUUUGCAUAUCAGACUGUGGUGAAGGACAUCAAGGCUUUCUACUCAUCUCUGACCUGCUUCAGUAGCCUGGACGAGCUCUUUCCUCCAACAACCACCGUCUUCAUGGUGGGAACGCCGUACUACGGUUCUAUGGGAGAGGUUCAAGAUUCUCAAGAUGUGAUUAAUGACGGUCGGAUCAGAGUGGUGUUCAGUGUGCCUCACGAGCCGCAAAUGGAGCACCUAAUUCAGAAUCAACACAAAUACUCUGUCAAGUACUGUCCCGGCUACGUUCUGGCUUCCCGUCUGGGCAUCAACAGCUAUCUUGUUUCUCGCUUCUCAGGCAGCAUCUUCAUUGGCAGAGGCUCCAAAAGGAAUCCCUGUGGGGAGCAAAGGACAAAUGUUGGGCUGAACCUGAAGUUCAACAAGAAGAAUGAGGAAGUUCCUGGGUACACCAAGAGAACAGAGAAAGAGUGGCAUUACUCUGCUGCUGUCGAGGAGCUGCUCGCUGAGUACCUGGACAGGUUUUCUGAAGUAUUUGACGCAGUGUCCAGAAACUCUCAUGAUGAUGUUUUUUAUGAAGAUGACAUCUGGCCUGGAGAGGACCAGAAUGGGGCAGAGAAGGUAGCUGAAAUCACCUCAUGGUUGAAAAGUCACCCAGUCAGCUCCAUCAGCAGGGCAUCAUGCGACCUCCAGGUGCUGGAUGCCGCCAUCGUGGAGAAGAUCGAGGAAGCAGUGGAGAGGUCCAAGGUGAAGAAGGGCACCAAGAAAGUCCGUGUGACUGUGAAGCCUCAUCUCCUUUUCAGGCCCCUGGAGCAGCAGCAGGGCGUGGUUGCAGACCCCAACGCAGAGUAUCGUCUGUUUGACAGAGUCGUCAACAUCAGGGAGAGUUUCACUGUCCCGCUGGGACUCAGAGGGACAAUCAUCGGCAUCAAAGGAGCGGAGCGUGAGGCAGAAGUUCUCUAUGAAGUGCUGUUUGAUGAAGAGUUUGCUGGAGGUCUAAACAUCAGGUGCGYGUCUCCUCGUGGUUACCGCGUCCCGCCCUGCGCUCUCAUCAACCUUUCCCACGGAACUCGGAUCGAUAACACUUCCCACAAACUCACCGCCAUCGUCAAGCCCCAGCCCGCCGCCAGCGUCGGCUUCAACUCCCACCGUCAGCUGGCAGGCCUCAACCACUCGCCUCGCUCACCGUUCAUACCCACGCAACACAACAACAAGCAUGUCGGGAUGAAGGCUGCAUCACAGGGCAACAGGAACUCUCCCCCUAAAGUUCCCAACCAGAAACAACAACAAACAAAGACUAAAGAGGAGUACAGUAAUGUGUGGCAGUCUCUACAGAAGACAGGUGCUCCUAACAAACCUCCUGCUCUGUGGCACAAUAGUGAAGGAAAUUUCCAACAGGGCAGCAAAGAAACCCAGGUUGGAGUCAUCAGGUUAUUGAAGAAAAAUGAAGAUGUCAACUCCUUUCUCCCCACACAGAGYGCUUCUAAUAAGGGUACAACUGAAUUUGAAGACCUCAUCGCAAGUUUAAAGAUAUCCAAGGAAAGCCAGCAAACCUUGCCACCACCUGCACCCCCACAGGAACCGAACAGCCAGACAGAUGGUCCGCUGUCACCGCAGUCCUUUGCUAUGAAAGGAACCAUGGUGCUGAAGGAGAUGCUUAAGAUCGACAGCACAGGGUCUCCAUCAGAGUCGACAAACACUGCCCCCUCUGCUGGCCAGCAGCAGAGCAGAAGACGAUCGUCCAAGAAACUCGCUGCCCAGAUGAGUGAGCCUCACGAUGAAGCGGUUCUAACAGCCUCUCCAGCACCAGCUGCCAACUCUGCUCUGACCAGUAAAGUGUCGGAGCUGGCCCGUGUGUGUGUGGGGCUGGGGAUGACACCUCCCGAUUUUAGCUUCAUGCGCAACAGACAGGGUCUGGUGGUGUGUCAGGUGAAGCUGUCCAAUGGGUUGAUGGUUCAUGGUCCACAGUGCCAGUCAGAAAGUGAUGCCAAGGAGAAAGCUGCUUUCUUUGCACUACAAAGACUGACAACACUGGGGUCUGGAUUCCCCCUCCCACCUCCGCUGUACACAGGAGUGUCUCAGAUACGACCCCCACCUUUAGGAGCCUUGACGCCUGUUUUCAACCACCAAGGUGGUAUUUUGCUGCCCCCCCAGGGAUUUGCUCCACCAUCUCUUUGGGGAAUGACCCUGCCUCCCCAGCACCACCCGAACCAGCCGUUCUACGGAGCCGCAGGAACCUUCCCCGGCGCUGCCCGCCCACAGCCCGCAACCAGCCUGCCUAUUGGCUCGCACAACCAGUUCAUCCCGUUACAGGUGACUAAAAAGCGAGUGUCGGCCAACAAAAAGCACCAGGACACUCAGGAGUUUUACAACGCGGCCGAAACCGUUGCCAAAAGCCAGUCCCAGAAAACCCAGAGACAGAACUCCGGCGCGUCGCAAGUUCACAGCGAACCGCAAAAUGUCAUCUUCAACCAGCCGCACCACCAGGAGCCCAGCAACGGUCCCUGCUCGUCCAGUCCCAGUCUGCCGGACGGCGUCGCCACUGCGACAGCUCACACACCGCCUCGACAAAGCAAGCCUGCAGCUGGCCACGCCCCUGGCUCCGCCUCCAAGAGGAAGCACAGAAAGCUGGCUGUUAAUUUUGAGGCGGCUAAAGUGUCACAGUGAGCUGCGUGUGUGUGUGUGUGAGAACAGAAGUGUGUGACAUUUUGAUGCUGCUUUUCUUUUAGUUSGACCCAGACUGUGAUUAAAACCUCGUCAGUGUUUCUGAGCAGAGAGCAGGCGAGUCAACAGAACCGGAAUUUCUUUUUCUUUUUUUUUUUUUAGCUAAACAACAAAAAUAUCUUUUCCUACCAUCUGCCUUUAACACAUGGAGAGCACGGGCCUUCCUGUAUUUCACUGUCUGAGAAGUGCUGCUUUUCCUCUGAGGUGAUUUAGGAAGCUAAGAUAUGUCUGUUGAUGGUUUAAAAAGCGAGGUGCAUUCUGGGAGGCAUGUUUUUCAUUAACUCUUAGGUCGUAUUGAAGACUUACUCCUCUUGAUUAAAGUCCUUCUAAUUUAAACAUCAUGUAUAGUUCACCUGAUGGAGAGAAAUAUUACCAAAAAAAAAAACAAAUAUUUAAUUGUUACCUAGAUGUUAUUUUUUAUCAGUUUUGAUAAUUUUGUUCUUAUCGAGUUAAUGCUGAGGUUCAUGAACACACAAACAAAUUUACUCCAAAUAUCUAGAAGGGUAGAAAUCACAAAAACAAAUGCCCUUUUUAUUAAAUCUGUUUGGUAAUUUCCUGUUUAAUAGUCUGUUUAAUUUAGUUUUAAGUCUAUAAAACAGAAGAGAAUAAAAAUACCUUUUAAAAUUUGGCAACAUUUAUUAAAAUCUCUGUUCAUUAGCUCGUGUAUUUAAUUUAUCUAAUAUAAAGAAAUAAAAUUAAAAUGAAGAAGGAAAUGUUUAUAAAAGCACAACCUGUCAUCAAUCUGAUUCAGUGCUGCUGGGAGGUACUUUGAUAAAAACAGCUGUAUUAGUUUGAUGUAAUGAUACCGGUAUAAACCACUCUUUUCAUUACAUUGAUGGAAAAAAUUGUUUCCCUGGAGGAGCUGACCCAAAACCGAAAAACGUUAUUAUUAUUAUUAUUUAAUUUUUUUUGUCAUUAAGGUAAUCAUUGUUUAGAAAAGAUCCAGUAAAAAUGCAUUUUAGCCAGCUUGUUAGGAGCAGAGUGAAGUUUUGGUUCUUGCAAGGGACUAAAACAUGCACGUCUCAGAUGCAUCAAGUAUUUUUCUUUUCUUUCGGCUGGACAAAUAAUUAUGUGCAGCAAUUUGUCUCCACUAACUGUCCUGACUCUGAACACCACGGAAAGAUUUAAUAUCCAGCCAGAAACUCUUACUUCAGUUAAUCAUUCGAACAUUUGCCUUCUGUUCUGACUGCGUUCCUCCAGUUUAAAAGAAAAGCUGUCAAAACUGAGUUGAUGUUUGUCCUUCAGACGUUGGCCAUGACUUCCAGCAUUUUUAAACUUGUUAUAGUUUACCAGCACUGCCAUAUUAUUAAAUAGAUGAUGAGGAGAAAGACAUUGUUGACGAAAAGGACCUGAUGGAAAUGGCACAUUUGUAACGAAGCAGUAAAGCGAUCUGUUUAGUUGUAACUUCCUGCUCUGUUUGGACCCACAGGAAUGAUUUCACUGCUGUCUUUAGUUUCCCCAAAGCCUUGUUUUAUUAAACGCUGGUCCUGCAGCUAAGAAGGAAUAAUUUAUUUAAUUGAAUGAUCUUUGAGAUCUUUAAAUAUCUUCUUUCUUUUUUUUAAUCCCACAGUUUUGUACUAAAAACCUGCAACCUGGAACUUUAGCUUGGUUUUAAUAAUUGAGGCAGUUUCUACUCUCUGCAGGACCUGGAGUAUGAUGGGGACAUGAUUGGACGUUAUGCAACUUAUUUUGUUAAAGAAGAAAUGAAAUACAAAUUAGGAUUUUAUGGAUUGUUGAACAGUGAUUGUACGUUCUGUUUGCUGAAGGUUUUAAUUUCACUAAUUCUUAGGUUUAUAUAAACCCUAAGAGUCUGACAGCUCAUCAGUCCUGGGCUCCUACAGGCCCAGUUUCAAGUCGUCGCUGAAUCUGUGUWAAAUCUACCGUAAUAAUGAAACAUUUCAGUUUUGUAUGAUGUUUUUUUUUUAGAUGCUAUUAAAAGCAUUUACCAGAUCAUCGUUGCUCCUCGAAAGCUUUUUAAAUUCUUUUAGUUUCCAUUUUUACAUCAAGACUCGAUCUCUCACACACACAUAAACAAACCUACACACAAAAAUUUCCAUUCAAAAAAAAAAUUUUUUUUUCCCAAGCCAUAAAUUUUUAUCAGUACUUUGAAUAAUUUUCUGUCAUGAAACUUGUGAGUAAAACAGGUGAARAAACAUAUUAACUUUGGACAUAGUUGUGCAUGUUUUUUUUUUUUUGUUUGUUUUAUGCGGAGGGGUUGGGGGUGUUAUAAGUUGAAAUUCCAACAGCAACUCUUAAGAUCGAAGGCAUUAUGUCUGUGGUGCAAUAAGGGGAAGUUUUAAAGUCUUGAAAAUGAAAGCACACUUCUUGUAAAUGUGUUGUUGUUUUUCUUUCCGGAUUUGAAACUAAAUAUUAAUUCUCAUGRUAAGAAUAUAAUGCCUUGAUUUCAGAAUUUGCUGUACAUAUCCAUUUAAUAAACGCUUUCUUUUGUUAAA